AUGAGUCCUGGGAAGACAUCGUCUCUGUCACUUCUGCUGCUGAGCCUUGUAACCCUGGUGACAGCAGGAUUAGCCAUCCCACGAAGUUCAGGAUGUCCAAAUAUUGAUGACAAUAAUCUUCUGCAGAAUGUGAAGAUCAACCUGAGUACCCUUAUUUCCGUCAGCCAGAAAGUGAAUUCCAGAAGGCCUUCAGACUACCUCAACCGAUCCACAUCACCCUGGACUCUCCACCGCAAUGAGGACCCGGAGAGAUACCCCUCUGUGAUCUGGGAGGCAAAGUGCCGCCACUUGGGCUGUGUCAGUGCUGAGGGGAAGGUGGACUACCACCUGAAUUCCGUUCCCAUCCAGCAAGAGAUCCUGGUUCUGCGAAGGGAACCCCAGCACUGCCCCGUUUCUUUCAGGCUGGAGAAGAUGAUGGUGGCUGUGGGCUGCACCUGUGUUACACCCAUUGUUCGCAAAGUGGCCUAA